AUGCCGCUCGCAGCAAGGCCGAGUCUAAACUCCUCCGCUAAGAUGCAGACCAAGAUGAGUGCCUGGACCCCUCUUAACCACCAACUCUCCAACAACAACGUUUUUGUGGAGAGGCGAAGCCUUUUGGGGAAAUGGUUUGACAAGUGGUCGGACAGCCAAAGGAAGACGGUGCUGCAGGACUUCCUGUCCAGGUGCUCUGUGGGCCAGCUGAGGUUCAUGAGCCGCAGCCUGAACACCCAGCUCCCCCUGGAGGCUGCUGACUUCACCUGCAUCCUGCCCAGGGUCCUCUCCCUGUACCUCUUCUCCUUCCUCGACCCCCGCAGCCUCUGUCGCUGCGCCCAGGUGAGCUGGCACUGGAAGAGCAUAGUGGAGCUGGACCAGCUGUGGAUGCCCAAGUGUAUGAAGCUGGGCCGGUGCAUCAGCUUCUCUCUGAUGCCCUUCGAACAGGGGGUGUGGAAGAGACACUACAUGGAAACUGUCCAGGAGCCUCGCGCCGGCAAACCUCAGACCCCCGCUUCCCAGUAUAGGUUUGUGGUUCCAGAGGUGUCAGUCGGCAGCUUUGGGAGUCCAGAACCACCAGAACCAGCUCCUCUUACAGAGGUGCAUUCGACGCCCGCCGCUCAGCUAGCCGCAAGCUUGUCCAGGAGGAGUUUAGGCACGAGGACAGAGAAGCAGCCUACUGGACUACCGCCAUGGAGGGAUGCCGACAGACACCCCAAAGACACCCUACGCUUCAACUACCUGGCCAACCUUGAUCCCGCUGAACAAGCACAACGAGUGACGGAGAGAUUCAUCUCUGUGGUAGGGGAGGAGGGGGCCUCUAAGGUGGGCAGUUGUGGAGAGGCCUGGGCCCCUGCUGAGGCAGGGGAGGAAGAGCGAGCGAGAAGCAGAGCAUCUGUCGCUGGCGGCACCAAGGCAAAACCGGAAGCCGCCGGGAGAAAAAUGCUGUCUGACACCAAUUAUAAGCUACGCAAAGCCAAGUCACUGAUGUUUCUCUCCUGUGACUUCAGCUCCAAUGGCAGAGCUCAUCACAGACGGCCCGACUGGGCUGCCCACAGCCCGGACAACCCCGUCACCGAGCAAAUGGUGAGGAGUCAGUUGCAGCUGGCCCGGUGGAAUGCUGGGAUACGACCGGGGCCGACGAGGUCUGCGGUGCCCCGGCUGAGUGCGGAGGGUCUGAGCGCGGCAUUGCGUUCACACAGGAGCACUCCCAGUAAGACACUAGCUUAA